AAUGACACCGUAUACAGUCUCUCUAACCUUCGCGCUUUUGCUGGCUGGCGCCUUAGCUCAGACAAAUGAAUUCAGGCCUCACGGUCUGGACCUCAUUCGCCUCCUCACGGAGAAACCAUGGCUCAUCCGACGACCAGAACAGAACCUCGGCUACCGCAUCAAUGAAAUUGACUGGAACGAUGAUAGAAACGAUGAUGAAAUGAGGGCCAUGUCAGAGAAGCGUUCGGCGGUAGCGACAGCGCUGAAUGGGCGCCGCCGACGCCAGCCAACGCCCGCCCUCGGUGUGCUGAACGACGUUGGCUCCUUCCUUGACUCCCUCCGCGACAACCUGGAGACCCUCGCUUCCCUGUCACCAGAACAGAGGUCCACACUCUUCCAGGAACCACCGACUGUAGUGCACGCGUCUUCUGUUGGUGGUGGAGGGAGCGGUAUGCGACGACUGCACGCCCUGCGUCCUCUACGUCCAACCGGUAAUAUCAGAUCUUACAACCGCAGAUCGGGGGCGGAGGCUUACGGAGUCUACCCAGGCGCGAACAGUCACGAUCCAGGCCUGCUGUGGACGGGGCUCGGCCGGUAGGCGCUUUAGGGCUCCCGUAUGCGACCAGCAGACAUGUUAUUGUCUAUAGCUACAACGUGCUUGCUUUUAAAACCUAUCCGACAUUGAACAUUUCUUUCUGUAAAUUUGAGGUUAUUACUGGAAUCGUCAUAAAUAGGUUAUGCGUAAGUUAUAAUUUUAAUUGUUCCAUUAA